UUUGGCAUUGUAGACCCCCCGCUGACUCGACUACUGGACUCCCUCCCUUCAUUCCUUCCUUCCCCCUCGCACCCUUCCAUUCCUCUCUUCGGUUACUGCCCCGCCGCCGCUCCGACGAGAUCCAGCCACCCCUUCCCCUUCCAUCCCGACCUCCCGCGUCGCCAUCCUCCUCUCCUGUUUCGGAGCCGGCGUGGGGCGGAGAUCCAUCUCUGCGCAGCUCGGGUUGAUCUCGUCAUCCGUUGUUGGCGGCGGCCAUGGCCACCUUCGAGCUCUACCGGAGGUCCACCAUCGGCAUGUGCCUCACCGAGACGCUCGACGAGAUGGUCUCCAGCGGCACCCUCAGCCCGGAGCUCGCCAUUCAGGUCCUUGUCCAGUUUGACAAGUCUAUGACGGAUGCUCUGGAGAACCAGGUGAAGAGCAAGGUUAACAUCAAGUUGCACCCUUGGAAGGAAUUCUUCCAUAGUCCCCUGCCGUACAGUCUAGGAUCCAGCAUCUACGUGGCCGUAAGUGGUGGGAACUUGAGAAACUGUCCAGCGCUACUUUUUUGCCCUAACCAUUCUGUCAUUUUGGACGUAAUCCUGAUAAGCCUGUGUAUACUGAUAUCUUGUAUAAAUUGUUGUUCUGGUGAUUGCAUUAGAGGGCAUUAUGGUUGUGAUGUUUCCCAGACUGCAAUACUGGCAGUUUGCCACAAAACACCCAAGUUCCAAUUGUUGAUGUUUUAUUCGAAAGGGUCAGACUCAUAUAUAAAGAAAGUAAUCCAGUUUUGAUUCUUGUGUUUGUUAUAAGAAAGAAAAAUGGGAAAAAAGAAAUAGUUUUUUAUUUAUUGCAACAUGCUCGUUGAUUCCCACCACUUAAUCUUAAUUUAUUGUAUCUUCCCGGAGUUGCCUCUCCGGGAAUUCAUUUUUAAUUAUUCCUGUAUAUUACUUUUUUAUCCCUUUACUUGAUGGUCCUUAUUUUAUUGGAAAUCGUGUAAAGAUUAGCUCUAGUUUGCCCGGGGUUUCUCCUCAUUUGGCAUGUUUGUCAUUGUGCUUGUAUUUGCACUGCCACCUUGCACAGUUACUAAUGCCUGGUC